AUGAGCUCGGAAGCUAUCCUGGCGCCGCGCCCGCGCCACUGCCGCUGUGUGCGCGGAGCUGUGGGGCAGAGCGGCCGAGCCCCGCGCAGCCUCCUGGCUGCUGCCGGCCCCCCGGGGGCGCGCAGGACGCGCGGGCCGCCCGGCUUGCGAAGUCCCCAAGCUGUGACCCCGCUGCGCCCUCCUCUCCAGUACCCUCGGCCUGCGCCCGCGCUCACCCUGCGCGGCCUAAAGGGUGCCGCGGCCGGGCGAGGGGAGGCGACGCCCGGGCUGCCAGGAGAAAGGCAGAGGCUGGUACAAGCCCCAUCCCUUCCGCUGCUCGGCCCCGCCGCCUCUGCCGCAGGCUCUGGCGGCGUAACGCCAGAGCAGCGACGGCUCUUCCCCUGGCCCUUCCCAUACCCUCUCCGCCUAUCGACCUCUCCCGCCUUCGCAGCCCCCCCUCGCCCCGCCUCGCCUAAGUUUUCCGCGCCAAGGUUUGCAGGGGUCUACUCCAGAAGGCCCGGCCCCCCUCUCUGUCCCCUGUCACCCGUUCUGCACCCGGCGCCAGCCCGACCGUGCUGGGGGUGCAUGCUGCGCCCAGGCGCGGCGUGGAGAAACGCCUAA